CACGCACGCAAUCUGAUAUUGAACACUGCUUACAUACGCAGACCCUGGCAAGCCAGUCCGAACCAAUGGGGAGCUGCUCAUGUGCUGAGAAAGGGCACAUGGUGGGGCAGGUACCAACCACGGGCCAGUGAUUACAGAAACCCCCCCGGUGGCACCCACACCCCUGUGGUCAGCCUCUCAGAGCCAAGUGACGAAGUCUCUUUUGGAGUCGGGCCCGCCAGUUCUCUCGAGAGACACAUGGGCGAGGGCAUGAGGACCGGAGAAAGGGCCUCAUCUCGGCGGCCCUCUCGUUUUUCCUACGGCUUUAAGGUUUUGGGGCUUCUUCUCCAGUCGACCUUGACGAGUAUAAUAAGGCAGCGGCAGUCGGCACCUUGGGGCGCAAUGACAGGGGUUCUGGUGUUACGCUGGCAGGUUAGCCCCUCCGUCACCAGCCAGAGAGGCCGCAUUUUCGCGCCAGAGGCCAUCAAGGUUCUCACGCCGCACCGCACCUGCUCAUCGCGCGCCUGCAACACCGCCUUCCCACAACGUGGGUAG